CUCUUGGUCAUCCCCUGUACUGUGUUGGCAGUCUCUUGGUCAUCCCCUGUACUGUGUCGGCAGUCUCUUGUCAUCCCCUGUACUGUGUCGGCAGUCUCUUGGUCAUCCCCUGUACUAUGUCGGCAGUCUCUUGGUCAUCCCCUGUACUAUGUCGGCAGUCUCUUGGUCAUCCCCUGUACUAUGUCGGCAGUCUCUUGGUCAUCCCCUGUACUAUGUCGGCAGUCUCUUGGUCAUCUCCUGUACUGUGUCCGCAGUCUCUGGUCAUCUCCUGUACUGUGUCCGCAGUCUCUGGUCAUCCCCUGUACUACGUCCGCAGUCUCUGGUCAUCCCCUGUACUACGUCCGCAGUCUCUGGUCAUCCCCUGUACUACGUCCGCAGUCUCUGGUCAUCCCCUGUACUACGUCCGCAGUCUCUGGUCAUCCCCUGUACUACGUCCGCAGUCUCUGGUCAUCCCCUGUACUAUGUCUGCAGUCUCUGGUCAUCCCCUGUACUAUGUCUGCAGUCUCUGGUCAUCUCCUGUACUAUGUCUGCAGU